UCUCUAGCUAACUAUAUCUUAUUCCCUUCCCCAAUCCAAUCCAUGCCAGCCUGUGUCCUCUUUCUCUCUCUACACAUACACACACAGACAUAUACAAUUAUAUAUACAUUAUACACACAUCACCGCUACUCUGCUCCCUUUGCUCUCACUUUUGUAGAGAGAGAAAAGAGGACUGCAUCUACAUACGUAGUCAUGGAUCCGUGUCUUUUCGUUCGAAUUGUCGUCGGAAACUUGGCUCUGAAGUUCCCCGCGGCGUCGAAAUCGUCGUCUCCGUGCUUCUUCUGCAAGAUCAAGAUCAAGAACUUCGCUUCCCAAACCACUUCGAUCCCUCUGAUUUCACAGGACAAUUGUGACGAACAUGUUCUUUCUUCAACCGCCGUUUGCUUCAAUCUGAACAAAUCGCAGUUCGACAAGCUCAUCGACCAGUCAUCGAGUGCUUCGAAGCCUUACUGUUUGAAUAUCGAGGUAUAUACCGGUCGGAGAGAUGGUGUAUGCGGAUUGAAGAGUGGGAAGCUUUUGGGGUGUGUUUCGGUGCCGCUGGAUCUGAAAGGGGCGGAGUCUAGGGUUUGUGCGAUUCGAAACGGAUGGAUUGUCGUCAGCGAUAAACGGAAGGGGUCACCGGCGCAAUUGCACUUGAAUGUGAAGGCAGAGCCCGAUCCAAGAUUCGUGUUUCAGUUCGACGGCGAGCCCGAAUGUAGUCCCCAAGUUUUUCAGGUCAAUGGUAGCAUUCGACAGCCUGUUUUCACCUGCAAGUUCAGUUUCAGAAACUCCGGCGAGAGACAUUUGACUUCAAGAUCAUCACUGUCACAAGAGAGUACUCCAAGAAGCUGGUUGAGUUCACAUACGAGUGAUGAACAACCACCCUCAAAAGAGCGAAAAGGGUGGUCAAUUACAGUCCACGACCUCUACGGAUCACCGGUAGCCGCCGCAUCAAUGGUGACACCGUUCGUCCCAUCACCGGGUACCGACCGUGUCAGCCGGUCCAACCCGGGAGCCUGGCUCAUCCUCCGCCCCGGCCACGGAACAUGGAAGCCGUGGGGCCGCCUCGAGGCCUGGCGGGAGCGUGGCGACGCCCUCGGAUACCGCUUUGCACUCAUCCCCGACGCUGCCUUCAAUGGCGGCACAGAGGCCGUCACCGUCGCCAAUUCCACACUCAGCAGCAAAAACGGUGGAAAGUUCACAAUUGACAUCAGUACGGACUCGACUCCAGUGAAUAGUCCGGGCAGUAGUUUUGACUUCGGAUCCGGAUCUUGGUCGGAACCCGGGUCCGGGUCGUGGGCGCAGAUAUUUUACGGCGGGUUUGUGAUGUCGUCUACGGUGGAGGGCGUGCGGCGGUGCAGUGAGCCGGAGGUGGAGGUGGGGGUGCAGCACGUGACGUGCACGGAGGACGCCGCCGUGUUCGUGGCUCUCGCGGCGGCGAUGGAUCUGAGCAUGGAUGCUUGCAGGUUGUUUUCACAUAAGCUCCGGAAGGAGCUGAGACAGCAGAGUCAGGAGUGUGUCGUUUGAUUCGGAGUUCCAUGUCGUUUUCGGGGUGGUUAGGUUGUUUGGCUGUUGGAUUUGCCGGUAACCUAACAGUUGUUUUUUUAGCUGGUUUUUUGAGUGUACAGCAUUGAUAAGAGGACACGUUGGUUUUGUAAUUUUUUUAAAAAUUUUUUAUUCAUUUAUUUGUAUAAAAAUAAGAUUGAAAAUUUGAAAUUCAAUGUCGGUCUAAAAAUAUUUUUUUUUA